AACACGGAUCCAAUCAGGAACCGUAUUUUGCAUCAAAGGGUGGGGGCUCAAAGGUGUGCGUUUUAAUACCACUGUACGUCUGCGUCCAUGCCCACACGGAAUUGAAAUGGCGGAGACUACGGACAGAAUGGAGAUUUCUCAGGGGGAGAGCUCGGCCAAGCCUGCAGCAGAAGACAUGACUUCUAAGGACUACUACUUUGACUCAUAUGCCCACUUCGGUAUCCAUGAGGAGAUGCUGAAAGAUGAGGUGCGUACCCUGACCUACAGGAACUCAAUGUUCCACAACAAGCACCUGUUCAAGGACAAGGUGGUGUUGGACGUGGGCAGUGGGACUGGCAUCCUCUGCAUGUUUGCAGCCAAAGCCGGGGCUAAGAAAGUCAUAGGCAUUGAGUGCAGCAGUAUUUCUGACUAUGCUGUGAAGAUCGUCAAAGCCAACAAAAUGGACCACAUUGUGACCAUCAUCAAGGGGAAGGUGGAGGAGGUGGACCUCCCUGUAGAGGGAGUGGACAUUAUCAUCUCAGAGUGGAUGGGCUACUGCCUCUUCUAUGAGUCAAUGCUCAACACUGUCAUCUACGCCAGGGACAAGUGGCUGAAACCAGAGGGCCUGAUUUUCCCAGACAGGGCUACCCUGUAUGUCACAGCCAUUGAGGACAGGCAGUACAAGGACUAUAAAAUCCACUGUGAGAAUUCCUCUAAAUUUUGGGGGUGGGAGAAUGUGUACGGUUUUGAUAUGUCCUGCAUCAAGGAGGUGGCCAUCAAGGAGCCCCUAGUGGAUGUGGUGGAUCCCAAACAGCUGGUCAGCAGCGCCUGCCUCAUCAAGGAGGUGGACAUCUACACAGUGAAGAUCGACGACCUGUCCUUCACCUCGCCCUUCUGCCUGCAAGUGAAGAGGAAUGAUUACAUCCACGCUCUCGUCACCUACUUCAACAUCGAGUUCACACGCUGUCACAAGAGGACAGGCUUCUCCACCAGUCCGGAGUCCCCCUAUACCCACUGGAAGCAGACUGUAUUCUACCUGGAUGACUAUCUGACUGUGAAGACUGGAGAGGAGAUUUUCGGCAACAUCAACAUGAAGCCUAAUGUCAAAAACAACAGAGACCUGGACUUCACCGUUGAUAUAGACUUCAAAGGUCAGCUCUGUGAGGUGUCCAAGACCUCAGAGUACAGAAUGCGUUAGGUUCCCUCUUCUCCCACACCCAUUGUGUGUUUGAACGGGGGAGUGCUGAAGGAAGAUCAGGGGUCAGUGUGUGUAUGAUCACUUUAAUUCUCAUCCUCCAGAACUUGACUAGUACUCCUAAGCAAUGUUUGAAAUAUUCUUUCUUGCUAUGUUUGAUCAGAUGUUCUGAGGUUUAAAACGACUAAAAGAACAGUGGAAAGACAUGGCGACUCAUUGUGCAAUAGUCACUGAAAUCAUGUUUUUUCAUGUGCUUGUCUAAGUUCAGCUCUUGAUCUUAGCCUGUGCUUAAACUCAACGCACACACACUGACCCCCUCACCUGCCUGUACAUAGUGUUAUUGUUCAGUCACAUUUGCCUCUGUUGUACAGUCACGGAUCUUGUUGACAUGGCAGA